AUGGAACCUUUAACCUCUCCAGUAGUUCCAGUAGCGCCGGUGGAUGAAAAAAAAGAGACUCAGGAAAAAGACUUGAAGUUCUCAAAGAUUCUACAUGACUACGAACAUGAUCGUAAAGGAUUGGUUUCAUCCAUACUUUCAAAGGAUCGGGAAGCAUACGAAACAGUGGUAAAUAAUUACAUGGAUUAUUGGUACGGAUGGGGUGAAUGUUUUCAUUUUUGUCGAUUUUAUCGUGGCGAAAAUUUUUAUCAAGCCAUCGCACGGCACGAACAUUAUUUGGCCAUGCAAUUGAAUGUAAAACCUGGCAUGAAAUUGUUGGACAUUGGCUGUGGUGUUGGCGGACCGGCGCGUGAGAUUUGUAAUUUCACAGGUGCCCAUAUUACGGGUCUCAACAAUAACGAUUACCAAAUAUCACGCGCAAGUCGUAGCGCCGAAAAGUGUGGACUCGCGAAUAAACUAUCCUUCGUCAAGGGUAACUUCAUGGAUAUGCCUUAUGCAGAGAACACUUUCGAUGCGGUUUACGCUAUUGAAGCCACUUGUCAUGCUCCAAAAUUGGAAGGUGUAUACGCGGAAGCUUUUCGCGUGUUAAAACCUGGCGGCAAGUUUGCCUUUUAUGAAUGGUGCACAACCGACAAGUACGAUCCCACCAAUCCAGAACACAGGAGAAUUGUUCGCGGAGUCGAGUACGCAGAUGGCAUUCCUGAACUCUUUUCAACGAAAGUUGCUGAGCAGUCACUCAGAAAUGUUGGGUUUGAGGUAGAAGUAGCUACUGAUUUGGCCGUCAAUGAUGAUUUUGUCACGUGGUAUUACCCACUUGAGGGUAAUUUCAGUGAUGCACAGACAUUUUGGGACUUUUUCACAGUUUUUCGUAUGACUAGUUUUGGAAAGUUUUUCACUCGUGCCAUGGUUGGAUGUCUUGAAAAGGUAGGAGUCGCUCCUGCUGGCUCUCUUGAAACACAACGCGUACUCGAGACUGCUGGAGAUUGCCUUGUCGAAGGCGGGCGCUUAGGAAUAUUCACACCCAUGUUCUUAUUGGUUGGCAGGAAACCCGUCAACUAG